CGGCGCUGACGGGCUCGACCACUAGGGCGCCCUCGGCCCGCUUUCCCUUCCCUCACACAGUACACGCAGCCAGAGCGCUGACCGGAAGUUGGAUCGGGCCGCGAGGCCUUCUGGGAGCACCGGCGCUCUGGGACUUAACGGUCGUGCGCUGCUGUUGGGGUCUAUGGAUCUGUCUGUGGGGCAGCUGCGUGUAGCGUCUCGGAAAGGAAACUGCGUUUCGGGGGCUGGGGGCUUGGGACUCGUGGCGCUGCCGGGAACCCUCCGCGGGAAGCGUAGGAGCGGCCCGAGUGAUCCGGUUUGCGCCGGCCGCGGGUUGCGGGCUGAGCGCGGACUCUCGAGGGGGCUCGGAGCACCCCGAAUAACAGCCGUGCCUCCGGGGUGCUCUCGGCCAGCGGAAGUGCCCUGUGAAUGUUUGGAGUUGCAGCCAAAAAACUGGUUUCUCAUGAGAAUAGUGUCAGCUGAGCCUUUUAAUUCAUUUAUCUGACUUGACUGUUAAUAGGUUCUACCUCCCCCCACACUGAGACAGAUCUGUGGUAUGAGUUUGAAGCCUAAGAACAGGUGUCUGCCAUGGGAGGAGAGCUUCUGACCUGAGACCCACACCAAAUCUUGAAGAGUCCUGGCCAGGGGUGGGCUCUGCACCUGCAGGCCAUCCUGACCAGUCCAUCCCAGAGCCAGCAAGAACCAAAUGACAUCUCAACCUUGAAAUACCAGCCACAGCUGUCCAGCAUGGAGCACUUGGCGCAGACGAUGCCUAGAAGAGCUUGGUGUUCCCAGGACUCUGCAUUUUGCCAGGAAGAAGAGGACAUGACCAGAUCUUUUAAAACAGUGACAUUCAAGGAUGUGGCUGUGGACCUCACCCAGGAGGAAUGGCAGCAAAUGAAACCUGCCCAGAGGAGUUUGUACCGAGAUGUGAUGCUAGAGACCUACAACAACCUAGUAACCGUAGGUGGUCCAGUCCCCAAACCAGAUGUGAUCCUCAAGUUAGAGCAAGAAGAGGAACCCUGGGUGGUGGAGGAAGAGAUGUUCUGGAGACGCCCUGCAGAAGCCAGAAGAGAAGGAAAGAAGAGGUUUGCAUCUAAAGACAUGACCAAGGGCUUGAACUUUAAAGACGUGGUCAUUUACUUCUCUCGAGAGGAAUGGAAGUGCUUGCACCCUUCCCACAGAAAUUUGUACCAGGAUAUAAUGUUGGAGACUUACAACAACCUGAUUUUACUAGGUAUUGCUGACACUAAGCCGAGUGUGAUCUCCCUUUUAGAGCAGGGGAAAGAGGCCUGGAUGGUGAUGAGGAAUGAGAUGAAAGAAUGGCAUCCCGAUUGGGCGUCUAGAAGAGAAGGCAAGAACUUACUUCCAAAAGAUGGCUACAGAAUUAUAUCAUUGCAGCAAAAGGUGGCAAAAAAACGUACACAGUCCAGCCUUGAGAACAACAGGGCCAGAGGUAACAGAGAGAUCACAGGCCAGCUGGAGAUGCAACAGGACCCUCAGGAGGGACAUUUGAAACAAGCUGUGGUGACCUCUGUCAAGAGGCCUAGUUCCUUCCAGUGCACAGCCCAUAAAGAAGCUCACUCGGGAGAAAAACCCUAUGAAUGUAAGAAAUGUAAGAAAACGUUCAUGUGCCGGUCGUGUCUCAUUGAACACGAGCAAAUGCACAAUAAGGAGAAAGGCACUAAGUGUGCACAGUGUGGGAAAGUCUUUAGCUGUAGGUCAGACUUGACUAUGCACCAAAGACUUCAUGAAAGCAAAAAAAGCAAUGAAAAUAAGAAAAGUGCCCUUAAUUGUGGUUCUGACAUUUCAAAACCUCAGAGUACUCACAGUAGUGAGAAACCUCAUAAAUGUAAGGAAUGCGGGAAAGGUUUCCAUUCUACCUCACAGCUCAGUCACCAUCAAAAGUUGCAUAUAGGUGAGAAGCCCUACAAGUGUAAGGAGUGUGGGAAGGCGUUCCCAUCUACCGCACAGCUCAGUCUUCACCAGAGAGUUCACACUGAUGAGAAGUGCUUUGAGUGUAAGGAGUGUGGGAAAGCCUUCACCCGUCCCUCACAUCUCCUUCGUCACCAGAGAAUCCACACUGGUGAGAAGCCGCAUAUGUGUAAGGAAUGCGGGAAGGCCUUCCGUUACGACACUCAGCUUAGUCUUCAUCAGCUGACUCACGCCGGGGCGAGACGCUAUGAGUGUAAGGAGUGUGACAAGGUGUAUAGUUGUGCCUCACAGCUCACUUUACAUCAGAUGGUUCACACUGGGGAGAAACCCCACAAGUGUAAAGAGUGUGGGAAAGGCUUUAUCUCUGAUUCACAUCUUCUUCGACAUCAGAGUGUUCAUACUGGUGAGAAGCCCUAUAAAUGUAAGGAAUGCGGCAAGGGCUUUCGUCGUGGCACAGAGCUUGCCCGACAUCAGAGAGCCCAUGCUGGUGAUAAACCCUAUAAAUGUAAGGAAUGUGGAAAGUCCUUUACUUGUACCACAGAACUCCUUAGACAUCAAAAAGUUCACACUGGUGAGAGACCCCACAAAUGUAAGGAGUGUGGGAAGGCUUUCAUUCGAAGAUCAGAACUAACACAUCAUGAAAGAAGUCACAGUGGUGAAAAACCCUAUGAGUGUAAGGAGUGCGGGAAGACCUUUGGCCGUGGCUCAGAACUUAGUCGACACCUGAAAAUCCAUACUGGGGAGAAGCCCUAUAAGUGUAAGCAGUGUGGGAAAGCCUUCAUUCGUGGCUCUCACCUUACCCAACAUCAGAGAAUUCAUACAGGGCAGAGGAGUGAAUGAGGAAACACUGCCACCAAAAAGUCCUACAGUUAGAGCCCCUACAGUGGCUAACAGAUGUGGGACAGCAACAUCGCAGGCUUUCUCAUCCACACUAGAAUUCAUAUACAGACCCAGUUAGGGCCAGAAAUGACUGGACAUUUGUCACCAGUAAGAAACCUUACAAUUACAGAAAUUGGAAGUGACUUAAUUGUUCCAGAAUUUAUCAUGAGCUUUAGCUAAUGGAAAACUGGAAAUUCCCAUGAAUAUAAAGAAAGUAGGAAUGCCCUGUCAGUGGCCCACAGCCGAAUAGGCCUCAGGGAGUUCACACCAGAGAAACACUGAGGAGGCAGUAAAUAUGUCAGAGGAGUUAGUCGUUCGCCCUGAAGAGAAAAUUCAUAAUCACUACAGAUGUGAUCUUUCGUACUUAAGGUCACACUUACAUUCAAAGUGCAGCACAUUCUUCCUUCAUCCCACUCACAUUUUAUGAAAUAUUUGCAGGUUUAUUCUAUAAAAUGAGCUUGAACUGAGGAUGUGUGGAAAAGGACUUGACCAUGUUUACCUUUUACUCAAGAGUUAGAGCAGGGUAAAUUACUUACUGAUUUUAAAAUUCUUUUAUAAAUUAGCAAUGUUAGCAUCGUAUAUCUAGUUAUACUGUGAGGAUGUGUAUAGCUUGCAGACUAGCAUCUGACUAGUUUUUAAAGUGUACCAAAUGCAUCAGGGCAUUGUGGUGCACGCCUGUAAUCUAAGCACCUGGAAGCCAAAGGCAGGAAAAUCACAAGUUUGAGGCUAGCUUGAAGGAUAUUUCAAGAAAAAAGUAUACCAAAGAUAGCUGCUUUCUUGUUAUUAUCAAACUUGUGAACUUUUAUAUAACAAUCUUAUACAAGGAAAGCCUUACAUGCCCAGUGGUUGGAGGGACAUUUUCGUUGUCUCCUAGACUGUUACAGAAUACAGAUUCCUUUUGAAGAAAAACUGAAAGCUGUCAUUCAUCGUUUGCCCUUCUGCUAGUCAGGAUGCUCAUAGUUUGAACGCAGACCCGUUAUUUUGAUGACACAAGAGUUGUGUGUGGGCUGAAGAUGAAAGGUUUCUGAGCUAAGGCCGGUCGAACAAGCAAAGUGUAGGCUUUGCCUAUCUGUUGGCAUUACCAUUUCCCUCUGCCAUGUCGCCAACCACGUAUAGUCUGGUCCUCCUCGCUGCACACUUGAUCUCACAUGUGCGAGAGGAUCUGAGCAGAAGUGCACGGGGGCCUUAGUAAGAAGGCAGGGAAAUGGUCUUCCCACCUGCAGGGAGCACAUCUCUGCGCCACGCAGCACCUGAUUUGUGUUGCAGUCCAAAGGGCCAGAAGCUGAGACUGUCCUAGGCAAUGUGAGGUCAUUGAC